UUGCAGUGUAAAGGAUGUCGAGCAAGAAAUUGACAUAUAAGGAACGGUCGUCGAUAACAGCCGUUUUGCCAACAGAUCCACCUUUUAUACAAAAAAUUAAGGAGAAAUUGGGCUACAAGCCACCGCCAACAAUCGAAAAUAAAUUCUCAGCGACCGCAGGUGAAGGAUAUGUUGAAAAUGAUCUGGACGACGAUGACUUAUCACGAGUGAAUCAGGAAGACAGACCGCAAAUCGUUGUUUUGGACGCUCAGAGGGAUCUGGGCGAAAAGGAACUAGAAGCUGAAUUGAAGAAGAGAGAUGCUGAGGAAGACCGGCGAAAAAUUGAGGAAGGGAAGAUAAUCUUUAAAAAGCCAAUGAAACGGAAAGAACAGAAUUCUGGAGAAGAAGCAAGCGAGAAACGAAGAUAUACAGAAGAAAUAAAGAAAAUAGCCGUGUCGAAUUCAAGAUUAUUGUCGUUUAACGAUGAAGAAGAAGAUAGUGAUUGAUCGGACGGCAUUUAUAUAAGUAUGGAAUUUUAAAAAAUUCGUGACUAGCUCUUCUUUAUUUCUGUUAAAUCUUGUACCGCGUUCUAGUAAUUCUUCGCAGUGGUGCUAGUUUGGCCAAUUAACAUUUGGUGACUCAUUCAGUCAUAGCAAGUUGACGCUGAUUUCCCGUUUAUAUUAACGGUGAAAUUGCCAAAACAUGACUGAAAGACCCAGAAUUU